CGCAAGACGUCACACAGACUGCUGUCUGGAUUUGCUCCGGCUCUGUCUGAGUCUGAGCAGGUAGCGAGAAGAACAAGUGAAGGCUAAUGCACUUCACAUGGACAAGUACCGAUCUUUGGUCUGAGUCUGAAGGAACCUAUGCAACGACAUAAGCAUAGAGUUGCCAGAUAUUUACUAAUUAUUGCAUUUGUACCAUACGUUUUGUCCUCUGCUGUACGAUUAAAAACACAUACUGUACGACAAUCAGAGCUUUCAUUCAGUUGCCUUUAACAACCAUUUGGUUUGUGUGCAAUAAUUUCCUCCCACCAUAUCCCAUAAAACGAUCAUUUUUAGGCUUUGUAUAUGCUUUAGCAUUUUCCAUCUGGCAACUGUGAUCAUGCAUGCACAAUAACAUCCGUAGCAAGUAGUCGAUCCAUCUCUUUGUCCUUAAACAGUUUUCGAUCUCCAAGCUUAUAUGGUCAAUUCGUGCUGAAUCAAGGAACAUGCCUAAAUAAAGCAUCGUCGUAACUUUAUGUGCAUAUUUCACGGCUAGAGUAGCCAGUCGAGGUGAUGUGUGGAGCAUAGAAAGAAGAAACUAGCCAAGACAAGUAGCAGAAAACCAGGAUCAUGAAAAGAUAUCUAAGUGGCUGCGAAAAAAAGAAGCGGAAAAAAGAAAACGAGCAGUUUGUUGAAAAGCUUCCAAAGAUAAGUGCAUUCCUCCAACAAACAAGUUCUUCCGCCCAAGAGGCAAGCACAUCUGCUGAUAUUUUUUCCAACAGCAAUGAUGCUGCUAGUUGCAGUAGUUCUGGUGACAACUUAGCUUGCGAGACACCAGCAGCAACAUCCUCUCGCAUCGACAUUGAAGAAGAGGGAACAGAGGAGGAAGAUAACCAAUGCUCCGAUCAUGACACGGCCACAGAAUCGGUCAGUGAAAGUUCCCUACUCAGUGAAGAUCCAUCGUUAUGGCCAGAAAAGUUAACAGACAGAGAAAGAGUCGAAAUAGUUAAAAAAGGUCCUGUGCAAAUUAAGAAUUUCCCUUUUCCACCCAAUUCUGACCAACCACCAAGAAAAUUCACAAAAGAGAACUACUCCAUGACGAUGAGAAAUGGCGAGAAAAUAAACAGAAAGUGGCUGCUUUACUCAGUCAGUGCAGACGCAGUAUACUGUUUUGGUUGUCGCGUCUUUGGAGAAUCGAAGACUGCGCUUAGCUCCAAUGGCUUUCGCUCCUGGAAACACCUUUCCGAGCAUCUUCGAAUGCAUGAGAAAAGUAAAGACCACACCGCAAACAUGGAGAAAUGGCUCCACCUAGCGGAAAGAUUGAAACUAGACGCCACAAUCGAUUCAGUGAACCAGCAGCUGAUUAACCAAGAAAUGUCACACUGGAAGAUGGUGCUGAGGAGACAGUUUGCCAUUGUCUGUCAUUUGGCAGAACGAAAUCUAGCAUUUCGGGGUCAUUCCGAACACCUUUAUGAGCCCAGAAAUGGCAACUUCUUGGGUCAGGUGGAAUUAAUGGCACAAUUUGACCCAGUGCUAAAUGAGCAUUUAAUGAGGAUUAAAAAUAAUGACCGCAAACAUCAUUACCUAAGCAAGCAGAUCCAAAAUGAGAUGAUAGCAGUGAUUGCACAGAAGACCCGAAAUGCUGUUGUUGCUCUCGUUCAGAAGGCCAAGUACUUUGCUAUCAUAAUGGACUGCACACCAGACAAUAGCCAUACUGAGCAGCUGUCAAUUGUCUUCCGCAUUGUCAACUGUGAGAGUGAUGUGGGUGUUUCCAUUGAGGAGCAUUUCAUUGGAUUUGUGGAUGUGCAUGACACCACAGGAAAGGGGCUAUUUGACACUUUCAUUGACCUGCUGAACAAGCUCCAGCUGAACAUCUCUGACUGCCGUGGCCAGGCAUAUGACAAUGGAAGUAACAUGAAAGGGAAGCACCAGGGAGUUCAGAAGAGAGUGUUGGACGUCAACCACAAGGCCUUGUAUGUGCCUUGUGGGAGUCACAAUUUGAAUUUGGUUAUUUGUGACGCAGCACAGUCCUCUAUUCAGUCUGUGUCAUUCUUCGGGCUCCUCCAAAGAGUUUACACUCUUUUCAGCUCCUCAGUACAGCGGUGGGAAAUUAUGCAAGAACAUGUGGACCUCACUGUGAAGAGCCUCUCCGCCACCAGAUGGGAGUGCAGAAUCGACAGCGUCAAAGCAAUGCGCUACCAAAUGCCUCAGUUCAUAAAAGCCUUGGAGGCAGUCCUCAACCAUGCCAUGGGCAAAAAAGAUGCGGAGACCGUGUCAAGCUGCAAAGGCAUACUGAAAGAAUUACAGACAUGGAAAUUUCUUACUUGUCUUGUUGUGUGGUACAACAUCCUUUUCCAAGUAAACCACAUCAGCAAGCUCUUUCAGAGCCCCAAGGUCUCCAUUGAAACUCUGCAAAGAGAGACAAAUGCUCUACAAGAGUCUCUUCAAGAAUACAGAGAAACCGGGCUAAAGUCAGCACAGACAGAGGCAAGAGAGAUUGCAGAGAAAUUGGAUGUUGAAAUGGAGCUGCCUGAAGAGAGACAGCGGACCACAACCAAAAGAUGCCUCUAUGAGGGAAGAGAAGAAACAAAAUCGACACCUGAGGAGCGCUUCAAUAGGGAGUUUUUCUUACCUCUCAUUGACAAGGCAUUGUGCAGCAUCAGAGACAGAUUUGCACAGACAAAAGUCUUUUUUGAUCUAUAUGGUUUCCUGUAUUCACUGGACCACAUGAGAAAAGCUGUGUCUGAAGGAACCUUGGCCGUUAGCUGUCAGAAGAUGGAGGUGGAAACAGACGAUGUUGAUGGAGCUGAUUUGGAGCGGGAAAUUAUGGCUGCAAUUCGAGGCUUUCCUUCCCUUUCCUCUCCGACUGACAUGCUCAGCUACAUAUUCCGAGAAAACCUGUUGGACUGUUACCCCAACUUGAGCAUCGCCCUGCGAGUACUCCUCACACUACCAGUCACAGUGGCCUCAGGAGAAAGGAGUUUUUCUGCUCUGAAGUUGAUAAAAACUUAUCUCAGGUCCACAAUGAGCCAGGAGAGGCUGUCUGAUCUGGCUGUGAUAUCCAUAGAACAACAUGUGAGGAGGAAACUUGAUAUGGAGGACGUCAUCACUGCAUUUGCCAAUGCAAAAGCACGAAAAGUAAAGUUUUAGGCCUCGUUCACUUAAGCCGCCACCACCACCGUCCAUGAGAGUGAUAUGGGCAUGCAGUUCAGAGGGGCAGACAGUCACUCACUCACUGUGUAUAUGGUUUUCGUGUGUUCAUUAAAAAAAUGUGCAUCAAUAUGGUUGAAAAGUAAAGUUUUAGGCCUCGUUCACUUAAGCCGCCACCACCACCGUCCAUGAGAGUGAUAUGGGCAUGCAGUUCAGAGGGGCAGACAGUCACUCACUCACUGUGUAUAUGGUUUUCAUGUGUUCAUUAAAAAAAUGUGCAUCAAUAUGGUUGAAAAGUAAAGUUUUCAGGCCUCGUUCACUUAAGCCGCCACCACCACCGUCCAUGAGAGUGAUAUGGGCAUGCAGUUCAGAGGGGCAGACAGUCACUCACUCACUGUGUAUAUGGUUUUCGUGUGUUCAUUAAAAAAAAUGUGCAUCAAUACUAUGGUUGAUUUUCUCAUUAUUACAAAUAUGCGUUUGAGUUAAGGGGGGCCUCGAAAUGUUUCUUUGCCCAAGGCCUCAGAUUUCCUAA